UAAACACCUAAACCCUUAUCUCAACUUUGCAUUCUUCAAACCCUAAAACCCUAAAGAUGGCUAAGGAAUCAACCACCAUUGAUGUCGGUGAGCCGAGCUCGGUGACCAAAGCUGACAAGGUCGAGGCAAAGAAGAGCGUUGUAGUGGCCGGGACCAAAGCCGCUGGUUCAAAGAGAGGGUUAGCCAUAUUCGAUUUCCUCCUCCGCUUAGCCGCCAUCGCCUCCACAAUUGCAGCGGCUGUCGUGAUGGGGAUGGCACAGGAGACUCUCCCUUUCUUCACUCAGUUCUUCCAGUUCCAAGCUAGUUACGAUGAUCUUCCCGUGUUUCAGUUCUUCUUGAUAGCCAUGGCGAUAGUGGCGGGAUAUCUGGUCCUGUCGCUUCCAUUCUCUAUCGUAGCCAUUGUUCGUCCACUCGCCAUUGCACCGAGGCUCCUCCUCCUCAUCUUCGACGCUGUGAGUACCCUUCCAAACCUACCAUAUCUCUCUCUCUCUCUCUAUAUAUAUAUAUAUGAAUGUAUGUAUAAUACAGAUUUACAAGAUUCCGGUGCGGCAUCCAUAGUGUAUUUGGCCCACAACGGAAACCCCAACACAAACUGGCUUCCGAUCUGCCAACAGUUCGGAGACUUCUGUCAGAGCGUGAGUGGCGCCGUGGUUUCCGCCUCCGUCGCCGUUGUUUUCUUCAUGCUAUUGAUCGUCGUCUCGGCCGUGGCUCUCAAGAGGAACUGA